CCUAAUGAUUGCUUGUUCCAGAUGGCUUCUCACGGUUUGUGUUGGACGCUGUGCUUCUUAUUUACUAUUGGACAGUAUUUAUGUCAAAAGCUGGAGUUUCCUGGGCUGGCUGCUGGAGCAGUUGGUGGAAAAGUACUGCUCGCUCCUGUCAACCCACCCUCUCCACCAUUUGUGACAAUUCAGUGGUUAUUUGAAUCAGUAGGUAAUAUAAUAACUGGUUUUCCUAAUGGUGAACUUAAACCAGGAGAAGGUUAUAAAGACAGAGUCAGUCUGAAUCAAACCACUUUGGCUCUGGAGCUCAGGAACCUGACACUGAAUGAUUCUGGACAAUACAAAUUGAGUGUAUUUACAAAUUCAGAGAAUGCUAAUGGAGAAACUUCACUAAAUGUGUUUGAAAGAGUAUCUGGUGCUAGACUUAUUGGUCCAACAGAGUUGUUAAUUGAGGGUGAAUCAUCUGCUAAUGUGAUCUCUGAGGGAACUGGUACCAUCACCUCUGUGCUGUGGAUGAAAGAUAACAAUCCUCUGUCUCCUAGCAACAACAUCAACUUCUCAUCUGAUAACAGAUCAAUGUUGAUCAAUCCAGUGAGAAGAUCAGACAGUGGAGAAUAUCAGUGUACAUUAAGAAACCCCGCCAGCUCUGAGACUGCAAAACUCAGCCUUAUCAUCAACUAUGGACCAGAUGAUGUUCAUAUUAAUGGUCAAAAUGAGGUGGGUUUAGGGGAUCCUAUGUCGCUGUUUUGCUCUGGAAAUUCUGCACCUCCUGCCUCAUUCACCUGGAAGUUUAAUGGGACAAACACCACUGUGACAACAGACAAAUAUAAUAUUAAUGAGACUGACUUCACACACAGUGGGGAGUACAUAUGCACAGCCUGGAAUUAUGUUACAAAUAGACAUGUCUCACAGAUCCAUCAUUUAAUAGUUAAAGUUGGUGGUGGAGGAGGCGGGAUGACAACAGGAGAGAUAAUUGGAAUUGUCAUUGGAGUUUUAGUGGCAUUUGCAUGUAUUUGUGGUUUGACUGUCUAUUUGACAAAAACUGAGAAAAUCCCAAAACUCAGUCUAGGACGAAGUGGACCACCCAGUGGAGAAUCACAAAGCAGACAGGAGCCUGAGAUGAACUAUGCAGAUAUGAGUAUUUUCCAAAAGAGAGAGAAUGGAGAGAGAGUGAUUCUGGGUAACAUGAGUGAAUCUAGUGUGGAGUAUGCAGAAAUAAAACAUGGUUCAAACAAGCCAAGGGCACCCCCACCUCCCUAUGGAAGUCAGGUACCAAAACCCUCUUCUUGACCAGAGGAAACCACCUAUGCACAGGUGAGGAAGUGAAGGCACAGCAUUACCCAACUGAAACACAUUUAUUACACUGAGCGUGAAUGCAUAUUACACUUUCAAAUUUUUUAAUAUUUCUGCACUAUCGAGUUUUUAUUUCCAUGGUAUUAUUGUUGUGAAAAACAGUGUUGAACUUUUAUAAUGAUUUUGGGUUAAAUACAAGAUCUACAAGAUGAAAGUUUUUCUAAAAUUUCAAGAAACAACAUGUGUAUAUGCAUAUUACAGAAAUAUUUUAAUUGUAUAUCCAAUGUCCUAAUAUCCACUGUAUCUUUCAUAUGCACCACCAUGACUUUUAACUAUACUUGUUGUAUAAUGUUGUGGAUAAUGUAAUUAGAAGAGCACAGUUUUUCCCCUCAUUUCACAGUCACAAAUAACAUACGCCUUUCUGUACCAACUCAAGAGAGAGGAUCAGAGCCAUCGUCAACAAUAUUUUGGCCCAUCUUAAGAAGUUAAAUGUUACUUGUAGACUGACAGAAAUGUUCAUGCCUUAAACAUGAAGACAGGUAUAUUAUAGUACAAAGAUUCAUAUCAGAAAAGAGAAGAAAAGAUGAUUGGUAUUAAAAUGUUUGGUAAAUAUGUACAGACCCACUGUGUCUGCUUUCACAUUGGGAUGCUUGUUCUAUACAUUCACUGCCCCUUGUGUGUUUGUUUAUACUAAUACUUUCAGAAAUUUUAUUAUGGUUUCAGCAACUAAUAAGAGUGUUGCAUUCUAAGCUCUAUUCAAGACAUUUUACCAUGUUGUUUUCCAAUCCAUUUCCUGGAUUUCCUCAGAAUUUCCCCCCAAAUCAGGACAAAAUGUGAAAAAGAAAUGUACAGAUUCUAGUGCAACAUGUAACUUAUUGUCUGUAAUAUUCUUUGCAGUCCAUGAUUGUGCCAAAAUGAAGUUUUUUAUUUGCAAGAUUUUGUUUUUAUUUGCAUCACACAUCAAUUUCUCAGAAAUCAUAUGACUUAUACUUCUGCAUUGUUUCUUAAUUGCACCAGGCUGAUAAAAAUUCAAUAAAUAUGUGAUCAUUAGGAAAUAAAGCACAAAUGUUGCAUUUAUUGCCAAAUUUACCUUAAAACAUUAACCCCUGCCACAGCACUUUGCUCAGCUUUACUCAGGGACGUUAAAUGAGGAAGUGGCUUUGAUAUGUUUUGUCUUGGUUGUUUUGAUAAGCAGAUUACAUUUAUUAUUUAAUAACAUUUGUGAAGCCGUACUGUUUAUUAUAUAAAUGUUAUGUGAAUAUAUCUGAGCAAUAUUGCAAUAUGUACUGUUUCCUAAA